AUGGCUACCUCCAGCUCUACGCCGAGGAGGAGGAGGGCUCGGGGUGAGGGUCUGGCAGAGGUCAAGCUAGACUUGCACCCGCUGCAGAACAGGUGGGUUCUGUGGUUCUUCAAGAGCGACCGUGGCCGGGCUUGGCAGGACAAUUUGCACCAGGUCACCAUGGUUGACACGGUAGAGGAUUUCUGGAGUCACAUCCAGCUGGCCAGUAAACUCUCUCCUGGCUGUGACUACGCCCUGUUCAAGGAUGGCAUCCAGCCCAUGUGGGAGGACAGCAGGAACCAGCAAGGUGGCCGCUGGCUGGUCAGCCUGGCGAAGCAGCAGCGCCACUGCGAGCUGGACCGUCUGUGGCUGGAGACGUUGCUCUGUCUGAUCGGGGACAGCUUUGAGGAGCACAGUAGGGAGGUGUGUGGCGCUGUCAUCAACAUCCGUCCCAAGGGGGACAAGAUCGCCGUGUGGACAAGCGAUGCGGAGAACCAGGCCAGCGUGCUGCGCAUUGGGCAGGUAUACAAAGAACGCUUAGGCCUUUCCAUGAAGACGAUCAUCGGGUACCAGGCCCACACCGACACAGCCUCCAAAAGCAACUCCCUAGCCAAGAACAAGUUUGUGGUGUGA